CGCUGUCUCCUCCGUUUUACUAGAUCAGUACGAGCCGUAGACGGGCAACGUGUUCUUCCUUAAUCGUGUUCCUCGUUUGCUUUCGCUUUCAAAUAGCUCUCUUUUGCUUCAAGAGUCAAAUUCGAGUAUCCUAACGCUCAUUGUUCCUUCAUUUCGCGUCAUUUAUUUCUAUUAUAUUUUUUUGUCAAUUCUUAUCGAACACCGGUAAAAAAGAAGAAAGGUGACAAAUUGGAAAGAAAAUGCAAGUGUACAGUGAAAAUCCUGGAUCACCCUGUGUUUCUCGUGAUAAACUACUAAACGAGAAGAAUUCUUUAACUCUUCGGGAACUCAUAGAUGGUUUACACGAAGCUUUCGAAACUGACUACGUGAAUAUAGACAGGGUUCAAUAUCUAAUGGCCUCGUACAGAAGCAACCCCGCAGAAUGGAAAAAAUAUGCAAAAUUUGACAGAUACAGGUAUACAAGAAAUUUAGUCGAUGAAGGAAAUGGAAGGUUCAAUCUAAUGAUUCUAUGUUGGGGAGAAGGUCAUGGUUCAGCAAUACAUGAUCAUGCGAAUGCACAUUGCGUAAUGAAAAUUCUCCAAGGUGAACUCUUUGAGACACGGUACGCGUGGCCUACACAGCGUGAGAAACCAGAAGAAUUACAAGAAUUGGAAAAAAAUACUCUCGGUCUUAAUCAGAUAUGUUAUAUCAAUGAUUCUUUAGGACUUCAUCGAGUUGAAAAUCCGAGUACCGUGAAUCCUGCUAUUUCUUUACACUUGUAUUCACCACCGUUCUCUUCCUGUUCCGUUUUCAAUAAACAAACUGGACAAAAAAGCUCGUGUAAAGUUACAUUUUGGUCGGAAUACGGAGAUAAGCGAAACCGUGAAAUCCAAGAUGCUAGGUGCCCUGAAGAUAAUUAAUAUAUCAUAAGUGAAAUUCAUACCAGCGAUAAUCAUUUGAAUAAUUAUUCUAACUUAAACAAAAUAAAGAGAUAGUAUAUGCUUUUUUAAAUACUAUACCAAAUGAUCAGAAUGUUCCUGAUAUUUUAAUUAAAAGAAUAAAAAAAAGGUGCAAGAUA